CGGACUGUCAUCAUUGCGCAAAGUCUCCCACAAUGGAAGACGACGAUUUUGAUGAUCUGCUCGCGGGAGUGGAGUUUGCUCACGACUCAUCGCGAGAGUCACUAACAUCCGCGGCGACUGACCUCUUCGCGUUCAGCGAUGGCUACGAUCCAAUGCCAUCUGCAACCUCCGGCGAGUUCAGUGUCAUAGCAGACCCUCGUAGGUCGAUGUACAGUGAAGAACAAGCCGCAGUCUGCUUUUCGCCCAGGCAUUACUCGAAUUGUGACGAAGUAAAUGAUGAAAGGCCAUAUCGCCGUCAUGCCCCACUGCUCGAGAAGAUUGAAGAGAUAUUCGAUCAAAUGGCAGCUGAUCUCACGAACGAACGGCCGGAGCUUGUGAUCACCCUGAAGAGUAAACCGACAUCAUCCAGUGAGGCAGCAAAAGAAGGCGCCGACCAACGCACCCAAAAGUUCCGACGCAUCUGCUUUCCGGGCAAAAGUGCCGAAGAAGCCUGGCGUUUCACCGUCAUCAUUCGCAUCCUGCAACUAAUCCACGAAGCUCUCUCUAAGGACACCGUAAUCUCCAAACGAGACAUCUACUACCGCGACCCCGCGCUCUUCGGCAACCAAACGCACGUCAACCGCUACAUAGACGCCAUAGCCCUCACUUUCUCCACCCCGCGCAGCAGCCUCAACAUCGCAGCCGUAGCGAAGGGCCUGAUAACAGGCGCAGCCCUCUUCACGCGGCGCAACGGCUCAACGCUCAAUGUCGCCUCUACCGCCGAAGGAGAAGGCACACUCGUGCUAAAUUUGCAAGACAUCCUGUGCGUCAACCUGGACCGUGUGAAGUGGAUUCUCGUCGUGGAGAAAGAAGCCAGUUUCCGCUCCAUUGCCUCCUCAGCAAGCUUCAGCGCGAAACUCGCAGAGCAAGGCAUCCUCAUCACUGGCAAAGGGUAUCCGGACAUUGCAACCAGAGCGCUGCUUCAUUUCCUCGCCACGCCGUCUCCGCGCAAUGGGUUCCGUGCGCCUCCAGUCUACGGUCUGGUGGAUUAUGAUCCGGAUGGCUUGGCUAUCCUGUCGACGUACAAGGAUGGCUCGAUAGCGCUGGCGCAUGAGAGCGAGGCGCUGCGCGUGCCCAGCAUUCGGUGGCUGGGCGUGAGAGCAGAGCAUAUUGGGCGGGAGGGAGGGGGAUUGCAUUCUGAUCAGGGGUUGCUGGGUCUUACUCCGAGGGAUAGGCGAAAGGCGAUCAAGAUGCUGGAGCGAGCGCGGGAAGGGGAAGAGAAGUGUGAAAUGCGACAGGCUUUACAAGGGAUGCUCAUGCUGAAUCUCAAGGCGGAGCUACAGCUGUUAGACGCACAAGCUGGUGGCAUGGUUGAACUACUAGAGGCAGGCUUAAGUGGUGAAGAGUGAACACGUCAAGCG